AUGAGUAACCCAUCAACAGGAACCCCUUCAAAAUCGAAAGUUGGGUCUUCACAGCCUUCAGAAACUUCUUUCAAGCGCAAAAGAGGUGUCUUUCAAAAAGAUUUGCAGCAUAUGAUGUAUGGUUUUGGAGAUGAUGCAAAUCCACUUCCAGAAACUGUGGCCCUUGUCGAGGACAUUGUUGUCGAAUAUGUAACAGAUCUGGCACAUAAAGCUCAAGAUAUUGGAUCAAAGAGAGGAAAGCUAUCAGUUGAGGAUUUUCUGUAUCUAAUUCGCAAGGAUUUGCCCAAACUAAAUCGUUGUACAGAAUUGCUAUCAAUGCAAGAGGAGCUGAAGCAAGCAAGGAAGGCAUUUGAGGUUGAUGAAGAGAAACUGGGAACACUAGAGUAGCCGGGGACCACCCCAACUUUGUCAUCUUGGUCAAGAUUAGUGCAUUAAGCAGUUCUACAAAUGCAGUGUAUCGAUGAUUAUGCAGUUUUACGAAUGCUUAUAACGAAUGAUUUUGUUAGAAGUUACAACAAAAUGAAACUAGCUGUAAAUCUCAAAUACCAUGAGUUUUAAAGAUGCAAAUGCUUUGGCAAAUGGAUCCUCUUCUGUGGGAAAUUAGUUUUGUUCAAGAAAAGUAAAAUUGGAAUUAACAGAUUGUGUAUUGGAGUCAUGUUUGUUUCGUAUAAAUUACGAAAAUUAUGUGUUAUAAUUUGUGUAUAUUUUUGUAUUUGCCAAACCCUCUUUCCAU